ACACAUACGCGUGUAACUUCUGUGAGCGAUCGCUAGCCGCGCAUUUUGGAAGGACCCCGCCAGUCGUCGGCGACGUGAAGUUUUCUCCGGAAGUGACGCCCACACCAAAGACAAGAUCAACGAUGUACACAAAGCUUAUCCUUCUGUGCAUGGCAGCGGGUGCCUACGCCGGCGGACGCUUCGGUUUCCACCAUGGCGGAUUUGGUGGACCCGUCUUUGCUGCCGCAGCUGCGCCUGUUGUCGCGAAGGUUGGCCUGGGCGAACCCGUCUACCCUCCGCAGCCGUACACGUUCGGCUACGACACUGUGGACGAGUAUGGCAACAAACAGUUCCGUAACGAGCAGAGCGACUCAAACAAUGUGAAGACUGGCUCCUACGGAUACACGGACGCGAACGGACUGUACCGACGAGUAAACUACGUCGCCGACGCUCAUGGCUUCCGCACCACGAUCGAGACGAACGAGCCAGGAACCAAGGCCGGCGCUAGCGCCGACGCCGUCUACAAUGCCAACCCAGUGGUCAGCGGUCCCGUGGUCAAGGCGGCUGCCGCUUUCCUGGCGCCCACGUACGCCAAGCUCACAGUGCCGGCGUACGCUUUCGCUGGACACCACCACGGCUAUGGAUCACGCUACUGAUAGUUCAUGGUGCCAGGCGCCGCGUCUGAACCACAGAGUAAGACCCCAGGAAGGUGUUGCCUGUAGAGUAGACCCAGUAGCGCUCGCGAUGAAUGGAGAUUCAUCCGAUUUUUACUUGAGAGGUCACGAAGAGAAGGUCAUCCGUACGCUUAUCCGCCGCAUCUAAGGUUUCCAGAAAGGACAAACGCAUGUCGAAAAAGAGUGCCCGGCUCGCUUUUCAUUGCAUUCGCACACCUGCAUUCGGAGUGUCGCUAACGUCCCUAGUGGACUCAGUAAGACUCGUCCUCACGUGAAAACCGUCGGUCUAGAUUGCUAUGCGAAGCCCGCCUGUAGGUGGCGCCACCACUGCCACUACAAUAUAGUUCAUCAGAUCAUGGACGACAUGGGAGGGCGAGACAUCAACGUAAAAGUCCACCAUCCCUAUUUUCGAUAGCAACUCUUGUGUUAUUCGAAAACCCAGCUAAUGAUGGCAUGUAUCUUGCCGGAAGCUGACACGAGCUUUGCAAUGGAAGAUAAAGAGGCUUAUCAGGCCGCAUGCUUAGCAUAACACUACAGAUAACAAGGAGUGGCUUCAAUCGACGCAUACGUUAACAAAGUCCACAUACAGGAUCAUUAGUUCUCGAGAUUAGCACUAGUUGUCGCGUGAAAUGAAUGAAAAAAUGAAAUAGGGAGAAACGCGAGGCAGCACAAUAAAAGAAGGUUGUCCUAGAAGUGCCACCUACCUAGGUUACUAAUUCUACUGCUUUGCAGCACUUCCAAAUAUCUGACUCUGUGGUUUUGACCGAUAUCAGCCUUUGAAGAAAAUCGUUUGUUUUGCUUUGUCAUAGCCAUGUGCGACAGUAUUCGUGUCAGAUGUGGAAACUGUACAGUGGUGGGUCGCUUAGCCACAAGCUUUCCUAAUAUUUAGCGCCUUGUCUCUUGUACUUCAUGUGGUGUUUCGGUUGGCACAGUCUUGGAUCAUGAUUUUAUUUAAAUGUGUGCUCUUUCAUUGUAACUACUUCAUUUCUGGCGGAUAUUUAGACUGACCGGUGAAGAGCUGCCUGCUCGGACGUGGUUUCACGAAAACAGGGGUGCUCAGACAAUUGCACCAGGAGGCACGUUGCAUUUAGUGUAUUUAGUACAUUAAGUACAUUUAGUUGCAUUGUUGCGUUUUGUAGAAGCAACAGCACGUCGCCCACGUUGGGAUAUUGAAGACAAGACUAAGUUGAAUUACUGACACCAUAUUGUAAAGGUAGCCAACAUGAACGGGCGUGUUCAUUAUUAGACAUCGUUAAGUUUAUCAUAGCGUAACUUACGUGGUAACUGUACUUCGCAUAAGUUUAAAUGGUUGCGAUAUUUUGUGCUGGAAAUUUCUGCCGCUUGGUAACAUAAUGAGCCAUGUCUUGCAUUAAAAUCGUCGUGCAUUGUUUACGAGGAAUGAGGACACAAGUAUCUGGGGUCGUAUUAUGUAAGGAUUUUUUUCAUUCCAUUCUAUUAGUUUCUUAUCACUCGUCAAAACGAGUGUAUGGUACAAGCGAUCACGAAGAGGUGGGGUCAUGCCAUUUAAUGAAGAAAGACAGGGAAAACUAAAAAUGAAAACAAUCGUUGCAUUAUACAGCCCCUGAUUCAUUGCUAUACUUUAUAGAAACCAGCCAUAAUCUGUCAAAAUUGUCGUUACUAGCAAACUAAUCAGGUGGUGCCAAAGCCUACUCGAUAUAAAUGCUUGGGAUGGCUGAAUACCUCUGGCAUAAAAACGUCUGGAGGAACAGCACCAUCUCUCAUACCUUAAGACAUGUGUCUCUCCUUUUAUAUCAUGUCUAUAGUUGCGCGCCAUGGAUAAGAGUGUACAAAGGUUCUCCUAAGCCUCAGGACUCACAUUCUGGUGUUGGGUUCCUUUAUUCUAUCUCGUAUGUAGGAUAAUAACUUGUGGCAUGUCUGAAAGCAUAUUCAACGACACAACUUCGUCGCUGUUUUUAUUACAUGUCGCUUCCAAUUAAAUCAGCUUUGCACAUUCUGCGUGUGCAGAGAGAAGAUGUGACAAUGUACUUCAUUAAAAAUAGCGCCUGAUAUUUCCAGGAGCUCUGACAGAAAUUUCUUUUGACAUUGCAUACUGCCUCAUUGAAAACUUUGUCAGAGUUUUUGAGGUGUCUACGUGAUUCCACUGGAUGUUCUUGUGGGGAAUGAGGCAACCUUUAUUUAUUUCCAUUUAUAAAGCACUUUGUGAUAGUAUUAUCUCAUAACCAACACGCAUCCGUUCAAUUUUUUUCUGGUUGUAAGAAUGUUGGAGUCUGCACAUAAGAGCUUCAUAAAUCUUAAGGUUGAUGCACGACACUCAGAGCAAUGCACAGGGUUCUGAAAAACAAAUACUCUUUAUGAUACCAGUGAAUAUAAAUAGAUAUGAACUGUUUGAGAAAACUUUACGCGUUAUUUAGAUGCAAAGUUAGUUUUCAGGUGCUUGGGACCAUGAAGCCUUUAAGUGCUGGCCUUCUUUUCAGUGUUAUACCAAAGUCCCUCCCAUUUCCCUAUACUCGAAAUGCUGUUUUCUUGUUGUUGCGCGUCUUCUUCUUCUAUGUGUUUCUUCCCUGGUAUCUGUAUGCGUCCUAGUCCUUGUGAACUUCCUUGAUGUUAUGGCUUUGUCUUAUUCCGGUGUGCAGGUAAUUGAUUUCUUGUGAAGGGAACCAAGAAAAAGCCUUGGUAUUGGCGCAUGAGCGCUGCCAGUAUUCAUUGCUUUAAUGCCAGCUUUACUGAAAUAAAAAUGUUGGUUUUCUCGU